AUGAUAUCCUCACACACCCUCAUCCCCCUCUUCCCAGCCUUGGCCCUAGCCACCGGCCUCAACGGCCACUGUCCCCCCCUCGGCCCCGUCCUCCCAGCCCCCCACCACCCCAGCACCCACCCCUCCAUCUCAACCGCCUCCACCGCCCUCCGCGCCCUCCUCGACGACCUCACAACCCCCUACCAAACCUCCGCACUCGCCAUCGGCGUCAAAUCGAUCCACGAACCCGACCUCCUCUUCGAAUACACCCACACCCCACCCCAGCGAGACGCAAAGGGUGUGCAGCAAGUGGAUAGGGAUACGGUGUUUAGGUUGGGGAGUCUGAGUAAGGUGUUUGCGCCGUUGGCGUUGUUGAUGUUGAGGGAUAGGGGGGUGAGGUUGGACGAUAGUGUGACGAAGUAUGUGCCGGAGUUGAAGGGGUUGGCGGGGCAAGCGAGGGAUGAGGGGAGUGCGGUGUGGGAGGUGGAUUGGGAGGAGGUUACGUUGGGGGGCCUGGCGUCGCAUAUGGCGGGGAUUCCGUCGGAUUUGAUCACGGAUAUCACUCCCUUCGUCAACCAGUCGGCCUAUGGCUACCCAGAGACCAACAGUUCGCGGCUUCUAGGCUGUGCUGGGUUCUUUGGCACACCAGCAUGUAACAAAACCGCAUUCUUCAAACACUUCGGCCAGCGCCCCCCCGUCCAAGUCCCCUUCUCCCCGCAAACAGUCUACUCCAACAUCGCGUUCCCCAUCCUCAGUUUCGUCGUCGAGGCCGUCACGAACCAGUCCUACGUCGAUUUCGUCCAUGACAACAUCUGGAAACCCACCAACAUGACCCGCACCUUUGCCUCCAAACCAGAUGACUCCCUCGGGUUCAUCCCGGCCAACGAUAUCUGGUGGCCGGCUGAUCUUGGGUUUGAGGGGCCUAACGGCGGCUACUUCUCCACCCUCACCGAUCUCCACCGCCUAGCCGACGCCAUCCUCCACCACCGCCUCCUCCCCCCAACCCAAACGCGCAAAUGGCUCAAACCCGUAACCGCCACCUCCUCCACGGGCCUGCUCAUCGGCCAACCCUGGGAGAUCUUCCGCGCCGAAAACAUCACCUCCGACGGCCGGCUCAUCGAACUGUACACCAAAACGGGCGAUCUGAUUUCCUACCACGCCAUCCUCGUGCUUAUCCCCGACUACGAUCUUGUUGUAACCGUUUUGGUGGCUGGGCCUGGGGGGGUGGGAGAGGCGGGCACGGCGGAAACGACGGGGAUUAUGUCCCGCGUGGUGGAGAUGUUGGUGCCGGCUGUUGAGGAAGCCGGCAAGGCGGAAGCGGAAGGGAAGUAUGCGGGACGGUAUGUAGACCGGGAUACCAACUCGAGCCUCACCUUCGCCGUCGACAACGACGGUCCAGGGCUGGCAAUCACGGAAUAUGUCAUUCGCGGCGUGGAUGUACCGUCCACCGACCCGGGUAGUACCCUCCCUCCCGCAACACCGCCGCGGCUCGAUCCGCCGAUGAGGUAUAGGUUGUACCCGGCGACGGGGAGUAAGUCGGAGAGGGAAGAGGCGUGGCGGGCGGUGGGGACGAGGGCCACGGCGGAAGAGGUGGAGGCCAGGGAUGGGCAGUUGGUGUGGGGGAUGGGGUCGUGUGUGACGUGGGCGAUGAUGGAUCGGGUGACGUAUAAUUUGCUGGCGAGGGAUCAUUUUGUGUUUGGGAGAGGGGGGAAUGGGAGGGUGAGGGGGGUUGAGGCGGUGGGGUAUGGGGUUAGGUUGGAGAGGGAGGGUUAUUAG